UGUCAAACACCACAACAAAACCUGUUGCAGUAAAACCGGCUGCUACGCUCUUUGUAUUCUGCUUUAUUUUAUUCUGUCUCCACCCUCUUUUUAUCCUUCACUUUCACUCUCUAUUCUCUUGCCAUUUACGUCUUCUCGCCUUUGUCUCUCUCUCUCAGCUUCUCCCUCUCCUUCAUUAUAAUUUGCCUGCAAAGGCUGAAUGGGCACUCAAAUUUUUCAGGGCAUUAAAGAAGUUGCUUUGCAGAACUUGAUAUUGCGUUUCAGCUUCGAUCUUUCAGACCUCGGUGCUUUGAGCAAUCAUCUUUAGUGGUUUUUGUUCCAAGCUUCAGUUCUCCUGCUGCCACUGGGCAUGGGAUCAGGAAUGCUAGGACUAGAAUUGCCACUACACCAACAACAAAACCCACAAAACCCUCACCACUUGCAGCAUCCCCAGAUUGUAGCUUAUACUCACCAUGAAUCUGAUCACCACCAACACUCUCAGCAAUCUGCCAAACAUGCCUAUCCUUUUGCCUCCACAAAGCCUAAACAAUUAUUAUCACCAUUGAGUAAUGAAGAUGAGCCUUCUUUCACUGGAGAUGACAGCACCACUGAUGGAAAAAGGAAAAUUUCUCCAUGGCAAAGAAUGAAGUGGACUGAUAAUAUGGUUAGGCUACUUAUAAUGGCAGUGUUUUACAUUGGUGAUGAGGUUGGGUCUGAAGUGAGUGAUCCUAUAGGCAAGAAAAAGCCCGGUGGGCUGGCACAGAAGAAAGGGAAAUGGAAAUCAGUUUCUCGGGCAAUGAUGGAGAAAGGGUUUUAUGUGUCUCCACAACAAUGUGAGGAUAAAUUCAAUGACCUGAACAAGAGGUAUAAGAGGGUUAAUGAUAUCCUUGGAAAGGGGACUGCCUGCAGGGUUGUGGAGAAUCAAAGCUUGCUUGAUACUAUGGAUUUGUCACCGAAAAUGAAGGAUGAAGUGAGAAAAUUGCUCAAUUCCAAGCACUUGUUUUUCAGAGAAAUGUGUGCUUAUCAUAAUAGCUGUGGCCAUGCUCCAAGUGGGGUUGCCUCUGGUAUUAGUAACUCGCCAGAGAUGGCUGCAGACCCGUCUCAUGCUCAGCACCAACAAGCAACACAACAGCAACAGCAAUACCAAAGGUGUUCUCAUUCAACUGAAAACACUCAAGUUGUAACCAAUUCGAUGACCGAAACAGAGGGGUCGAAAAUGGCAAAAUUGGCAAGAAAUGAAGAGGAUGACCACGACGAAAGCGAGGAAGAUGAAGAUGAUUAUGCGGAGGAUGAGGAGGAAGAGGAUGAUGAUGAUGAAAGAGACGAUGAUGAAGAGGAUUAUGAAGAGAAUGAGGACGAGGCAGUAGAAGGCAAUUCAAGGCAUCAAAACGGGCAUGGGCAUGGAGAUGAAGAUGACCGUGACGAGAAAUCAUCACGGAAGAGGCCCAGAAAGGAAGUGUUUUCAACAACAUCAUCUUUGAUGCAGCAAUUGAAUGGGGAAAUAACGAACGUGCUCCGAGAUGGAGCAAAGAGUUCAUGGGAGAAGAAUCAAUGGAUGAAGCUGAAGUUGGUGCAAUUAGAGGAGCAGCAAGUGAACUACCAAUGCCAGGCAUUUGAGCUUGAAAAGCAAAGGUUGAAGUGGGUGAAAUUCAGUAGCAAGAAAGAGAGGGAAAUGGAGAGGGCUAAGCUAGAGAAUGAGAGAAGAAGGCUUGAAAAUGAGAGAAUGGUACUGAUUGUAAGGAAGAAAGAGCUUGAGUUGCUUGAUACUACACAUCAACAGCAACAACUGCCUUCAAACAAGCGGAGUGAUCCUUCUUCCAUUGCUGGAUGAAAUGUACUAUAACAGAUUAAUUCUAGAUAGUUUUGAUAGAUAGGAAUGGCAUUUUUUUGUUGUUCUUAUAGGUUUAUUCUAGAUAAUUUGCUACCAUUUCUGUACAAAUUAAUAAUAUAUGAAUAAGACCAAGAACUCGGAGAGUUUGUUUCUCUUGAA